AUGGUCGAAGCGCAGCCGGCGCGCCAAGCCGGCGGUGAGGACCCCGGGAAGGAGGCGCCGGACCGCCUCCGCGGCAUCUUUGACGCGCCGACAACGACGGUCGACGGCGCCAAACGCACCACAAAGGACACAAACCGCGUCGCCGACAUGCUCGAGCAAGAGCUCAACGGCAUGUCGGCCGACCAGAUCGCCAAGAUGGUGCAGAAGCGCCAGCACGGCUACGUCAUAUCGAUGAACUCCAAGUGGAAACGCUGGUGGGACGUGCUUGUCGCUGUUAUGACCAUGUACGUUGUCAUCGUCACGCCUGUCCAAGUCGCGUUCGAGCUCAAAGACGGCUACACCGUUCUCGACGACCUGCAGUAUGUGGUCGAUACGCUCUUCAUUCUCGAGGUCCUCAUGACCUUUCGGACGUCGUACGUCGACUCGGCGACGCGCGAAGAGAUCAACGACGUCAAGAUGAUCCAGAAGCACUACUUGUACGGGUGGUUUCUGGCCGACGCCGCGAGCAGCUACCCUAUAUCGUACUUUCCAGAGCAAGGGCCCAAAAUACAAUCGCUCAAGUUUCUGCGCAUCCUCAAGCUCUUCCGCGUGUUCCACCUCUCCAAGUCGCCGCUCUUCGCGUCCAUGACCGCGUACGUCUCGCGCAAAAUGAACCCGGCCGUGCUGCGCAUGCUCAAACUCGCGCUCAUCUUCAUUCUCUCGCAACACCUCAUGGCAUGCGCCUACUACUGGCUCGUGACGUACGAAGGGAUCAGCGACCGAACGUGGAAGCCGCCGUUCGCCUUCAACGACUCGCUCAGCGAUCGGUACGUCGGCGCCUUCUACUUUGCCAUCAUGGUCACAACCGCCAACGAUCUCGCGCCCGUCACCACGAUCGAGCGCAUCUUCACCAGCGUCAUGCUGCUCAUUGGCAUUGGCAUCAACGCGAGUAUCAUUGGCUCGGCCGCCAACUUGCUGGCCAACCUCGACAAGACGGAGGUUGCUCGCAAGGAGCAUCUGGACUCGAUCAACGACUAUCUGCGGUUCAAGAAGGUGCCGCUGCCGCUCCAGGACAAGAUCCGGCACUACUACGACUAUGUAUGGACCGUUCGCCCCAGCGACAAGCAGAACCAGCUCUUUGUGGACCUCCCCGACCGCCUCAAGCUCCAGCUCACCUUGUCGCUGCACCGCGACUUUAUCAACAAGGUCCCGCUCUUCAAAGCGCUGUCGCCGGGCGGCGCGAUCGCGAUCGUCCAGUGCAUGGAGAGCGUCGUGGCCAUGCCGCACGACCUCGUCAUCCGCGCCGGCGAGCAGGGGGACGAAUUUUACUUUAUCAACUCGGGGUUUGUCGAAGUGGACAUUUCGGUCAAGAACAGCAAGGUGCAGCUCGGCGUGCUCGGCGCGGGCUCGUACUUUGGCGAAAUCGCGCUCCUCAACAACGAACCGCGCUCGGCCAACGUGCGCGCGACGCUCUUUUGCGAGCUCGAAAUGAUCCGAAAAGACGACUUCAAUGCGAUUCUCCACAGCUUUCCGCAGUUCCACAUUGCGCUCAAGAAGAUUGCCGACUCGCGCCAGCAGACCACCAUCAACAUGCACAAGAUGACCAAGCUCAUGAAGUCGGAUGGACCGCAAACGUCGAGCGCAGGUCUAGGCGGCGACGGGCUUCUGGACAACGUCUUGAAGACGCUCAAGCUCAAGCGCGGCGCCAACAAGGUGGCGGCCGACGACGACGACAAGCGCAAGGCCAACGCGAUGUUUUUCGACACGAUCCUCGGCGACGACUUCAUCGUCAACAUGUCCCAGGCCAAAGCCCGCCACAUCACAAAGAUGAAGCGCAUCUCGGCCGACAUGUUUGCAAGGAACCCGUCCUAGUAGACGCUGCUUCGUGUUUCGUGCUGUCCCAUUCUCUGUCGUGAUUAGUUAUUAGACCUUGCCGGAAGUUAUAUAAGAAGACCCUUUUGCGAUAUUUCUACUGCA